GCUGACCAAUCCCAGCACAACAGUGGCCUCAACGCCACCCGCCCCCAGCCUCAGCCCACCAGCCCACCCGCCUGCUGAGAGCAAAUCCACCUCCCUUGGUUGAAGCCAGUGCACCCAGGCAGCAAGUGAGGUGAGGACAUUAAUGCCAGGGCCCAUGGAGCUGCUGCCGCCUGAGCCGGCUGAGAAGCCCCUACCCAACACAGGUAGGGUCCCUCCAUCGGGGAGGGGGGAGGGAAGAAAAUGGUGGGGGGGAGUUUCCCAGGCUCCCCCUGAGUUCUCUCUCCUUCCCUCGUCCUGUCUGGGCCACCCUUGAGGUCCUGCUGGAGCCCUAGCCCCCUCUGCCCCAGUUGAGUCCAUGUUCAGGCCUGCUUGGUUGCCACCCUGUGGCUUGGAGAUGAGGACAAAGAUGUUGCCCAGAAGGAUAUGUGCUCAUCCCAGGGCCAGGGGCUGACAGGGGUCAUGACAUCAGGUGUAACAUCUGGACCUCAGUUUCCCAAACUGCUAUCCUACCAUUCUUAAACUGCUUAGGGCGAGAAGAAAGAGAGAUGUUCCAGAGCUCCCUAGGUUAGCCCAAGUUUGCAGAGAGGCAGCAUGUUUGCCUGCCCAAGCAGGGUGACCCGGGUUCAAGUCCUGCUUUUGGUGUAGACUGGCUCUGUGGCCCUGGUUGUAUGACUCUCAGUGCCCUGGGCACCUUUCUAAGACUUGAAGUUCCUUCUACCAAUGAAAUGCCAAGGUCAGGCGUCUUCCCUGCAGUGGGUCUUGGCACAGUCCUGGGCUUUUUUGUUCUCCCCUUUUGGGGGCCUCUGCUGCCCACUCAGGUGGAGGGUGAUGAUCUUGCCUCAGGCAAGGCAAGAUCCUGGCAGAGAACAGAGCUCCCUCAUGCCACAAGUGAGGGGUUAGACUAGAAGAUGAAUCUUGGGACCCAGACUGAGGCCAAGCUUCUCCCUUCCUCUGGCCAUGGCGGUGUGUCCUCAGCUGCUUGUGUGGAUUGGUGUCUGUGCCUUUGUCCAGGUUAGAGCCACAGCUGCGGCUUCUCAGGAUGGCACAGGGCCGACCUGUGUGAGGCAACCAGUUCUGAACAGUGCCAUCGGGCCCCUGGAUGCUCCAGCCAUGAAUCUGUGUUGGAAUGAAAUAAAAAAGAAAUCCCACAACCUCCGGGCUCGACUUGAGGCCUUCUCAGAUCCCAGUGGGAAGCUGCAGCCCCCUCUUCAAGAGAUCAUUGACUGGCUCAGCCAGAAGGAUGAGGAACUGUCUGCUCAGCUACCACUGCAGGGGGCCGUGGCCCUGGUACAGAAGGAAAAGGAGACUCACUCGGCUUUUAUGGAAGAGGUCAAGUCCCGAGGCCCCUAUAUCUACUCGGUACUCGAGUCAGCUCAGGCCUUCCUCUCCCAGCACCCCUUUGAGGAACUGGAAGAACCCCACUGUGAGAACAAAGAUGCUUCCCCCAGACAGAAGAUCCAGAACCUCAGCCGCUUUGUGUGGAAGCAGGCGACUGUGGCCAGCGAGCUGUGGGAGAAGCUGACUGCCCGCUGUGUGGAUCAACAUCGCCACAUUGAGCGUACCUUGGAGCAGCUUCUAGAGAUCCAUGGAGCCAUGGGGGAGCUGGGGAAUGCCCUGACCCAGGCGGAGGGCAUCCGGGCUACCUGGGAGCCCAUCGGGGACCUCUUCAUCGACUCCUUGCCAGAGCACAUCCAGGCUAUUAAGCUGUUCACAGAGGAACUGUCCCCAGUGAAGGAGGGAGUGAAGCUGGUGAAUGAGCUAGCUCACCAGCUGGCCAUCUCUGAUGUGCACCUCUCCAUGGAGAACUCCCGGGCCCUGGAGCAAAUCAAUACUCGCUGGAAACAGCUGCAGGCUUCAGUUAAUGAACGGCUCAAGCAGCUCCAGGAUGCCCACCGGGACUUUGGGCCAGGAUCCCAGCACUUCCUGUCCACCUCUGUGCAGGUCCCCUGGGAAAGAGCAAUUUCACCCAAUAAAGUGCCCUACUACAUCAACCAUCAGGCUCAGACCACAUGCUGGGACCACCCCAAGAUGACCGAGUUGUACCAAACACUGGCUGACCUGAACAACAUCAAAUUCUCAGCUUACCGGACAGCUAUGAAACUCCGUCGAGUCCAGAAGGCCCUACGCUUGGACCUGGUAACCCUGAACACGGCUCUGGAGAUCUUCAAUGAACAUGACCUGCAGCCCAGUGAGCACGUGAUGGAUGUGGUUGAGGUCAUCCACUGCCUGACAGCCCUAUAUGAGCGGCUGGAGGAGGAGAGGGGCAUCCUGGUGAAUGUGCCACUCUGUGUGGACAUGAGCCUGAAUUGGCUCCUUAAUGUGUUCGAUAGUGGGCGCAGCGGAAAGAUGCGAGCCCUGUCUUUUAAGACUGGCAUUGCCUGCUUGUGUGGAACAGAAGUAAAAGAGAAAUUUCAGUACCUCUUCAGCCAGGUGGCUACCUCGGGCAGCCAGUGUGACCAGCGCCACCUGGGUGUCCUGCUACAUGAGGCCAUCCAGGUGCCUCGCCAGCUGGGGGAAGUGGCAGCCUUUGGGGGGAGCAAUGUGGAGCCCAGUGUCCGCAGCUGCUUCCGCUUCAGCACCGGAAAGCCAGUCAUUGAAGCUGCUCAGUUUCUGGAGUGGGCCAACCUGGAGCCACAGUCCAUGGUGUGGCUGGCCGUGCUGCACCGCGUGACCAUUGCCGAGCAGGUGAAGCAUCAGACCAAGUGCUCUGUCUGCCGGCAGUGCCCCAUCAAAGGCUUCAGGUACCGGAGUCUUAAGCAGUUCAAUGUGGACAUCUGCCAGACCUGCUUCCUAACGGGCAGGGCCAGUAAAGGAAACAAGCUGCAUUACCCCAUCAUGGAAUACUACACGCCGACUACUUCGAGUGAGAACGUGAGGGAUUUUGCUACAACACUGAAAAACAAAUUCCGGUCCAAGCAGUAUUUCAGCAAACACCCUCAAAGAGGAUACCUGCCCGUGCAGUCUGUAUUGGAGGCUGACUACAGUGAGCCGCCUGCCUCCUCCCCGAUGUUACCACACUCCGAUACACAUUCCCGCAUUGAACACUUUGCCAGCAGGCUCGCUGAGAUGGAAAGUCAGAACUGCUCCUUCUUUAAUGAUAGCCUGUCUCCUGAUGACAGCAUAGAUGAAGAUCAGUACCUGCUGAGACACUCAAGCCCCAUCACAGACCGGGAGCCUACCUUUGGGCAGCAAGCCCAGAAUACCAUGGUGGCCGAUGACAAAGGGGAGCUAGAGAAGAUCCUCGCUCACCUGGAGGAUGAGAACCGGAUUCUCCAAGGGGAGCUACGACGCCUGAAGUGGCAACACGAAGAAGCCGUUGAGGGCCCCCCUGCUGCGGCCCAGGACUCCCGCAACGAGGAGCUCUUGGCUGAAGCCAGGCUCCUUCGGCAGCACAAGAGCCGCCUGGAAACCCGCAUGCAGAUUCUGGAGGACCACAACAGGCAACUGGAGUCCCAGCUGCUGCGCCUAAGGGAGCUGCUGCUGCAGCCACCCCCUGAAUCUGAAGGCAAUGGCUCUGGGGGCUCCUCCCUGGCCUCCUCCCCACAGCAGUCAGAGGGCAGCCAUGCCCGGGAGAAGGAACACACCACCCCGGACACUGAGGCUGCAGAUGACGUGGGGCAGAAAAGCCAGGAUGUCAGCCUGUGCUUAGAGGACAUCAUGGAGAAGCUACGCCAUGCUUUCCCCAAUGCCCGAAGCCCGGACGUGCCCGCCAACACUCUACUGGCUUCCUGACGCGUCCAAACGUUCACCCCCUCCUCUGGAUCCCUAUCCUGGCUCUGGCCAGAGCCAGGCCCAUCCUGUCACCACUGGCCCUUCUCAUUCCCUCAUCCCCCACUGGCUUAGUAGGCUUCGGGCAGCAGCAGGGACUUGAGGUGGGAGAAGCCAGAUGGGGGGAGGGGAAAGACCUUCUGAUCCUCAAGCCAGCAGCCUGCUUCCUCUCCACACUGCUGCCACAUCCCGGUAAAGUGGUGAUUGGGGGCAGCUAGGUACUUUAGGGAUAUGAGCAGGGCCUGUUCUGUCCCUACCUUCUCUUUAGACCACAGGAGAUGGGCGGCCCGGCACCUGCCCAGGGAUCUUGCCCUCUGGCCCAGCUCCGGGUCCGUGUGGGCACAACCCCACCCCCUCCCCAGAGAGUCUGGCACAGAGUGCAUUGAUGGUUUGCUGCCUGGAAUGCCUUCCUCCCUGUGCUCCACCCCUCCUGCCCCCUAACUCAGCCUCUCCUCACUUGGCAGGAUGGUGCCCUAGUCAGGCUUUCAGACUAGUCUUCCUUGUUCCACUAACCCUCAGUGCCACACUGGUGGCCACAUGCUCCUUCUGGGCACUCUCUAAAACCAGGGGCUCCUUCCGCCUUUGGAAAGCAGCCUUGAUUUUUGCUGGCUCCUAACACCACCUAACAUUUGGGCCACAUUUGGGAAAAUGGAAGCAACACUAACGUAGGUUCCCUCCCCCUUUCUGUUUCCUCAAGGCCUCAGCCUCCUGGGCAAUUGGCCAGCAGUGCCCUGGGAAACCUAGCUGAGGGGUGGCUGCUUGCUUUCCUCUGGCCCCUACAGGUCCUGGAGAUUUGCCCAGUGGUUUCUCCUGUGGGAUCAGAGGUGGCAGCAGCAGGCCAGGUCUCUGAAAAGGCUUUGUCCCUGCCACCUCCUAAGGGCAAUGGUUGUAAAGGUGCCCCCCAUGCCGGCCUGACAGCCUGGCCUCUAAAGGCUUUUGGAGGAAGAAGCAGUUUCGGGGAUGCCAUAGCAACGUUCUCAGGGCUGUGACUGGGCCCAGUGCCUCCCUGGGGCUCCUUCCCUCUCCCCUCCCAGGUGAGGUAGGCAGCCACCCAGAUGCAUGGACCCUGGCCCCAGAGGCAGGUCUGAGUAGGCAGGGGCUCUGGGCCUCUGACCCAAGCCAGAGCUCCCUUCAAUAGCCUUAUACUGGAAGGAGCUUUAUGACAGAGCCCUGGAAUCCACUCCAUCUGGCUAGGUCUCUCUCUAGCAUAGUUAGAUCCAUAUUUCGCUGUUUUGUGCAUCAGUAUUCUCAUGGCCUCACUUGCACAUUAAAUUCUAAUACCUCGUGAAGUACUCCUGUUCUGCCUUGCUCUUUGGCUGGAUGGGGAGAAGUGCCCACAUGACUACAUCCUGGGCCGUCCCCUCGGGGGACUUUCUCCAGGCUUGCUGUAGGCCACUCUGGGGCCCAGGCCCCUGGGCCUGUGGCUAGAGUCCCUUGGUCACCCCCAGGGGCUGGUUUCAGGGCCUAGGUUAGACCAAAUUCGAGCUCUCGCCUGUCCCGGAUCCACCAGUGUAUCAGAGAGGGGACCACGGAUUCUGUUCCUGUUCUUCCCUGCCCCCUCCCAAUUCCGAGGCAAGGCAACAUAGCUUAUCCUUCAGCCCCUUCUCUUUGCAAGGCCUUGCUUGGCCUCCCACUUCUCCUUUGGGUGGCUGUUAAGACAGGUUGGUGGCUAAGAGAGGAAGAGAAUCUCUCUGCAUCUGCUGCAGUGAAGAUGGGAUAGCAAGCUGGGUGUGGGAGGCCCAGUGGCCACCAUCAGAGUUGUUUGGUGCCAUCAAAUGCCCGGGCCUUGGGCCUCCUGGCACCAGGUGACACCACAAAGCCAGGGAGGCUUGGCACUGGCCACAAAUAGGGCGAGAACGGUAGAAAGGUGCCAGAGCACAGAGGGAGACCAGACGGGGUGAGCGGAGGGUCUUCCUACGGGACUGAGGAGGAGCUCUUGGAUGGAAAUGGAGAACUGGCUUGUCGCUGUUAGGAUGGCUAUGCUUUCCCGAGCAGAUGUCGCAGAGUAGUUUUUCAGCAGGAACACCCUGGAAGAAUACCCCAGGCCCACGAUCUCAGCCACUCGCCUCCAGGCUGGCAGGCGGGGAUGGGGACCUGGCUAUGGCAGGUGUGUGGGCUACAGUGGGAGGUGAGGGUGAAGCUCAGAGUGGAACUUUCCUUAAUGGGGAUCACUAAGCCUGAGACAGGUGUGCUGGGGGUAAACGAGCCCUGGGAAUCCUUGAAAUGUGCGUCUAUCGUGUAUUGGGUUUGAUGCUGUUGAAUUUCUUGUCACGUAUACAAGUGGUUGGGAGGGGGUGUUGCUAGCAGCCUAGAGAAGGUCUUCUCAUUUGUGGGCUUCGUGUAGCUGUAGGGGGCACGAGGGGCCUGAGUUGGCCGGUGAUAAGUUAGGACUGAUGGAGGGUUUGCUGCGAUGGGUUUGGGGAUGACCAGUGGAGGCAGGGAGCUGACAGGCUCUGCCCACCUCUAUUCUUACCUGACUCAGACGAAGAGCUGGCAUCACAUCCCCCUUCCCCUGAAGGGGUACUAGUCAGGCAGAGGGCAGAGCUCAGAGGACCAGGGCAGUGUGAAACAGGCAGAGCCAGCACCUUUCACAAAUGGCAGAGCUCUGGAGCUCUUCAGGCUGGGAUCCUACCCGGGUUCAAGUGAAGAAGGGGCCAAACAAGAACCUUAAGAUUUCAGAAUCUUAAAAAAGGGCACGUGGGGUCCUGACCUGAGAUCAAGGAGCCUGCCUUCCUCAGGCUCGCUGCUGUGCCUGGGCCAACCGCCAUGCCCGACCCUAACCCUAUAACAACACAAAGUGACCGUGACAGGGCCAGGAGCCAUUCCCCGGAGGAGGGGAUUGGCCAAGUCCCUCGGCCCUCCCAUCCCUAGCUCAGGCUGCCAGGAGGGCAAGGGCCGAUAAAAUGGGGGGCGGGGGGCGGGGGGCGGCGGCGGCAUGAAGUGUUCCUGAAGGGUUGGAGCUGGGGAUAAAUUGGCUUUCUUUGGUUACCACUCACCGUGGUGCUGUUUCGUCUUCUAAUUCUGCUUUGGAAAGAAUAAAUUUGUAUUUGUAUGCUUUGGCUCUUAAUUCAUGACUCUCCUUUAUGCCCACAGCCUCCUUCCCACAUACUCCUCCUUUCUAAGGGGGCAGAGAAGCACCACCAGGUUCUUUCAAGGCUCCUCCUCUGACCCCACUGCACUGAGGGGCCCAGGCCCAAGGUGGUUAGCAAAACCUCCCCUAUCAAACCAAAGUGAGCCUUGCGACCCAGGAUUUCUUCUGCCUCUGAGCAAUAAUUCCCUUCUCUCCAGUAUCCCCACUCCUCUAUCAAAUUGCCAAUUUUUGUGUUCCUUUUCUCCAACUUUCCAUAAAUCCCUUUCUUAUUUAUCUUCACUAACAUUUUCAUUUCUAUUGCUUCUAGCUUUCAAACCUCAAGCUUAAGACAUUCUUCUCAACUUAAGGUAUUUGAGGGGGCGGAAGAC